UGUCUGUCUCUGAUCAGUCUCGGGGUUCAGACCUGUGGUGAAGACCACAUGACCUCCUGGCGAACACAGGACUGUCGAGCCUCUGACGUUAAGACAUCACCUGAUCCUUUCGGCUGGUACCUCAAACCAGUGAAUCAGUGGACGUCAUCUCCGGCUCUGUGUCCCACAUUCAGCCUGAGUCCACGCAACGUGUCUGAGGACAAUUGGCGUCUCCUCUCUGACUCAUCCGUCCUGGUCGACCCAUCUCUCUCCACGUAUGAUGUCAUCCACAUUAGCCGUGACAUCGCCACUGACCGGAACAACACCCGGGACUGGUGUCUCCAUGCCUGCCAGGAGGCGGAGUCUUGUGUUGCCGUGUCAAUCAGGGAGAUGGAGUCCGCCUCUCGCUGCAUCCUUUACCCCGACACCACAGCUUGUGGGCUAAGCUCCGCCCCCAGCUCCCACAGACACGCAACUUCCUGUCGGCUGGUUAUCAGAGAGCCCGCCCCCCGGGUGUACCUGAGGAUAGAGCGGUCAUCAACGGCGACGACCGUCUCCGUCCCCGGUCAUGGGGUCCUGCAGGGCGUCGCUGUGGAAACAUCCCUGGGCUCAGACCAGAGGACGGUUGUUCAGUUUCUGGGAGUCCCCUACGCUCGUCCACCAAUAGGAUCACUCCGCUUUGAAGAAGCUCAACUGCCUGAUUGGACAGGAACCUGGGACGCCACGAAACCACGUCUCAGUUGUGUUCAGCCCGGUGAUGCAGCGUCAGCCUCCAGUGAGGACUGUCUCUACCUCAACAUCUUCUCACCGGCUGCUCAGAGGGGGCGUGUCCCAGUCCUGGUGUUUUUCUUCAACCCUUCAGCGAAACAGAACCCAGGGCUGCUAGAUGGCUCCACCCUCGCUGCUGUGGGUAACAUCGUCGUGGUAACAGCUAAUUACCGGACCGAUGCUCUGGGUUUCCUGAGCACAGGUGAGUCUGGUCUCCGUGGUAACUACGGGCUGUCAGACCAGGGGGCGGUGCUUCGCUGGGUUAAUGCCCACAUCUCCCUGGUGGGCGGAGACAACAGUAGAGUGACGGUGGCGUCAGAGCGUCGCGGUGCUGACAUCACCAGCCUUCACCUCCUCUCCUCCUCCUCCUCAUCUCAACCUCUGUUCCAGCGCAUGAUCCUGAUGGGCGGUUCUGUCUUUUCUCCCUCACUGCUUCAGACUCCCGCCUCCUCCGGACUCCAGGCGCUCGAUUUGGCCAAAGAGCUUGGCUGUGGGACCUCUGACCUUGCCACCUGCCUCAGAGCGACGCCCACUCACACACUCAACGCCGCUCAGACAAAGCUGCUGGCGCUUAGCGGCCCGUUCCGGUCCUGGUCCCCGGUCGGUCAGUCGAACCCUCAGUCGUCCUUCCACAGGGUCGACCUCCUGCUGGGCACAUCGGAGCACGAUGGACUGAUCGGCCGCGCUCGAAGGAUAAAGGACUUCGAGGCUCUUCAGGGUCGAGCUGAUGGUAAAACCGUGUUUUAUGAGGCUUUGACUCGUUCAUUGGGCGGCAAGACAGGAAAUGAGCUCCUGAAGGAGGCGGCGUCCUGGUUCUACUCUCUGGAUCACAGCCCCUCCCCCUCCGGUUACAACCUGUUCUCCAGAGCACUCAACAACGCCACCAGAGAUCUGUUCAUCAUCUGUCCCGCUCUCCAGAUGGCAAAUCACUGGGCUAACAACCGAGCUAACGUCUUCCUGUAUCAUCAGCCUGCGUCCAGAGCUCAGGACAGGGCCGAUGUGUUUGUUCCUCUGGAUGUUCAGCUUCUGUUCGGGACUCCUCAUCAUCCAAUCAGCUCUCAGCGUUUCACUUCCUCUGAUCGCCGCCUCUCUCUGGCCACGAUGACCUACAUGUCCAGCUUCAUCCGGACGGGGAACCCAAACCCAUCCCGAGUGUGGGAGGAGUCAGUUCUUCCCCGCUGGCAGCCGGUCCAAUCCUCUGAUGCCCCACCCACAUACCUGGAGAUAAGCCCCGCCCUCCUCCAACAUCAGGGUCUGCGUCAGAAAUACUGCUCGUUCUGGAGCCACCUGGGGGCCAAAUUGAGAAGUGCAACAGGUGAGUCGGUGUCGGAACCCGUCCGACCUGCGCUGACCCUCGGGUCCCCGGUGUCUGCACCAUCGAGCCCGUCGCAGACUGAGAAAGACGCCUACAGUUAAACCAAUGAUGUCACAUGUUCAAGCCUCCAGCUUCACUUUCAUUCAAAUGAAGAAGGCAACAAAAAACGCCUGUUUCCAUUUUUCUUUUCUGAACUAAAUCAUCAUUAAAAAUCAUUUCAACCUC